AUGGACAACAUCGACGGCAAACAGGCCCGCCGAACCGGCACAUCCAGUGGUCUUGGAGAAUUAUUUGAUCACGGCAUUGAUUCACUCAACUGCACGCUGGGCAGCCUGCUUGAGACGGCUGCGAUGGGCCUGGGCCAUUCCAAGAUCGGUGCCUUUACAGCACUCGUCCCUUGUCUGCCCAUGUUCUUCUCCACAUGGGAGACGUACCACACUCAUACUCUCUUUCUCGGAGCCUUCAACGGUCCGACCGAGGGUCUGAUCCUUGCAUGCUUUUUCAUGGUGGUCUCAGGCGUCGUUGGUCCUCAAUUCUGGCAACAUCGAAUCGUCGAUUAUAUUGGCUAUCCGGAACUAUUCGGUGAGACGGUGUUGCUCGACCUUUGGGUCCCCGUCGUCCUUUUCGCCUUCUUUGUGGCCCAUCUGCCUUCUUGCAUAUACAAUGUCUACGUGGCACGAAAACGACAAAACCUUCCGCUAUGGCCCGUCUUCCUCGAAUGGGUCCCUAUGAUAAUCUAUACCGCCUCCGUUUGUGCAUGGUGCGGAUCCCCUUACUCAAUUCUCCUACAAGAGAAGCAUCUCAUCAUAUUCUGCCUAACGCUAUCCUUUGUCUUUGGUCGACUCACCACAAAGAUCAUUCUCCACCACUUGACGCGUCGACCAUUUCCGUACUUCACUGUCGCACUGGUUCCAUUGGCCGGCGGGGCGAUAAUGGCCUGGCUUCCCCUUGUUGGACUUGCACCAAUCCCCGCCAAGUACGAAAGGUGGUACCUCUAUGGCUGCUUUGCAUUCGCCAUGGUGCAGUAUUUCGUGUGGGCGGUGCGGGUGAUCAAUCGCAUCUGCGAAGUCUUGGACAUCAACUGUUUGACAAUCAAGAAAAAGACUGAUCAGAGGGAGCAAAUUAUGUUCACGACCAAGGGGUAUGAGAAUGGAGACCUGAGCCAGACGAAGAAGGAGUAG